UCAGCUGUGAAAAUAAAAUGCGAUAGACUAGAAGGAAUAAUUUUCAUCUACUGAAAGUAAUUUCACAAAGAAUUUAUAGCAGAACUAAGAACGAUAAAAUAAUCGUAACGUAUACAAAAAAUAAUAUGUCAGCCGCUCCUGAUGGUAAAUUGCCCAAUAUCAAAUUCGAUGGUAAUGCACCGAAGUUGGAUAAAGCGCAACUAGAGUUUAUGAAAAUCAUUGAACAACAAAAUUUGGUGCGUGUGGAAAAGUUGCAGCGCAUACGUAGAAAUAAUUUGAUUACAGCCGGCAUUUUGGGCGCUUCCGUGUUGGGUAUAUAUGCCUACUCAAUGCUAUCAGUGCAACAAGAAGAUUUCCUAGAUGAUUUUGAGGAACCGAAAAAAGUUUCGAAACAAUAAGAACUAGUUACAUAAAGUUAUAUUUAGUUUUAAGACAAGCACACAGCAAGCGAAAGAAAAGUUAGUAUUGUUGUGUAAUUUAGCAUUAUCAUUGGGAGUUCUACAUUUUUUGUUGCAAACAGA